AUGGUCCUUCUACCGCCUGAGAGUGCCGGGAUCGCACUCGGGUCGCUGAGCCUGUUCGGUCAAACUCUGACUGCCUGUGUGCACGGUUUUGAAAGGUACAGCUUGGUCAGGAACUUGGGCACUGAAUUCACUGAUCUCCAGCGGAAGCUGUCUUGGACACGCUCCCGUCUAGCCACGUGGGCCUCGGAUUGGGGAAUAUCAGACGGCCGCCACCUUGAGGAUGACCGGUUCCAGCGCUAUGUCGAGAUGGCGACAAGCCACCUCGUUUACAUCAAUUACCUGCUCGCCGAGCUUGCGAAGGCGGAGGAGGCUCUGCCUACACUAGAAACGGCGGGCUGGCAAGCUCGGUCUCCUGUCGCGGCUCUGAGCAGGUGGUCUAAGACCGGAGAUGUCUCAGCUGCGGAGCUCAAGGAUCUGACAGACAAGAUUGAAAGGCUCAACGCUGAAGCGAGCACCGUGGAAAAGGUGCGGUACUAUCUGGCAGACAGCCGAGCGCCCAGGAUGGUGGACACGGUGAGGUCCAUGGUCGAGGAUCUCUUCCUUCAGUUCCCACCCCCGAGAGACGACAUCGCCGCCUCACUGGCCCGCAACCGUGCCCUCCAGUCCAACAGCCACGCGACCUUGGAUGCGGCCGCCCGGGAUGCCAAGGUAGACCCAGCCCUGGCGGCGCUGACACUGCUCAAGGUCGAGAGCCUUCGCCUCGAGCAGCGCUCGGAUCAGCUGGCUAGCGCCGACCCCGAGGAGCCUACCUAUGUAAUAGUGGAGGGAAGUGAGGCAUGGAAAGGGUCCCGAGGCACCGCAUUCUACUUCAACGAGGAGAAGUUUCCCCGUCGUGUUCCCGUUCUUGUGGAGAAAAAAGAGGUGCCCAGCGAAGGAGGCUACCAGCGCCACCACGAGCGCAUCCGCAACGUCGCGCGGCUGCUGUCGAUGAAGGGCAAGCCGCGCGAGAUGCGCACUCUCGACUGCCUGGGUGUUGUAUCGGUUGGCGAUGAGACAUUGACGACCCACAAGCUGCUCUACCGCCUACCAGCAGCCCGUUUUUUCACGCUCAGUUCCAUCCUCAACGGCCAACGUGCGGCGCCCUUGCCUCUGGGCAAGAAAUUUGCCUGUGCAAAAGUGUUAUGCCGCGCCGUACUCUGGGUACACCUCGCUGGGUGGCUGCACAAGAAUAUCUGCAGCAGUAAUGUUGUCUUCGCCGCUGACGAGGUAUCACAAGUCAACAUCGCCGAGCCCUAUAUCUGCGGCUUUGAAUACAGCCGCCAUAUCAUAGCCCCGCAGGACACAGAACCUCUGGCUGGUGACGCCAGCAACAACAUGUACCGCCACCCGGAUGUACAGGGACUCCCCCAAGCCAGUCGCGGGACUGAGAGGCCCGAAUUUGGGAAGGCGCACGACGUGUACGCCCUUGGCAUGGUCUUGCUGGAGUUGGGGUCCCGCCGGUCCCUGAGCGGUUUGAAAGAAAGAUAUGAGGACUCUGGGCGGCGGUGGUCUGCAGAACCAUUUCGCGAAUGGCUUGUCAACAAGGAAGUUAUGACGCUCGUUCCUCGUAUGGGGGAAAUUUACACAGAUGUGGUGCGAAUCUGUCUGAAAGGGAUAAAGAGGGACGAUGGAGAGAGUUUCCAGGAGACCUUCUUCAAGAAAGUCGUCAAGAAGAUUGAUUUGUGCACAGCUUGA